GCACAUGAGACAGCCCCCUAGGUGUCUCACUUUCUCGCCGUUUGCGCUGCUUCGUCUGCAGCCUGACGUCAGCGCCGUGUUGAUUCGCUCCGGCGAGACAAGGGAAGGAGUUAGUGCGUGUUGAGAGAGAACCAGAGAGCGGGGCUUUACUAUGCUCCACAAGCCCGCUAUCCCCCUCUGUUAGCCCGCGUACUUUCCGGACGUGACUCACUAACUUCAGGUUUAAUCCGGUUUCCUGUAGUAGCUCAAUCCACUACGGUGCGGGGGAAGGCUAGCCUCAUGAGUUGGCCUCGCAGACUUCCAUCAACAUCAUGGAUUUAACAAAGAUGGGUAUGAUCCAGCUGCAGAACCCAAACCACCCCACAGCGCUCCUGCACAAGGCCAAUCAGAUGCGCCUGGCCGGGACACUGUGCGACGUGGUCAUCAUGGUGGACAGCCAGGAGUUUCACGCCCACCGGACUGUGUUAGCGUGCACCAGCAAAAUGUUUGAGAUCCUCUUCCACCGUAGCAGCCAGCAUUACACCCUGGACUUUCUCUCGCCAAAGACGUUCCAACAAAUUUUAGACUACGCUUACACUGCCACGCUCCAGGCCAAGGUAGAGGACUUGGACGACUUGCUGUACGCAGCAGAGAUCCUGGAGAUCGAGUAUUUGGAAGAGCAGUGCCUCAAAAUCUUGGAGACGAUCCAGUCGUCAGACGAAAACGACGCGGAGGUCGGCGUUAAUGAUGGCAGCACGGAAGAGGACGAUGAGCGCAAAGGCCAUAACGGAGUCAAAAGCUCCAAAAAGCAUUCCAUUGAGAGUCUUUAUCUGUCUGGUUCAGAGCAGCUCUCCUCUAUGUCCAGCAUGUUGGACCAGAGUCCCUCAGUCUCCACGUCAUUUGGCGUCUCAAACAUGAGCCCCACCAAAGCCGCUGUAGACAGCCUGAUGAGCAUUGGACAGACGUUGCUUCAGCAAGGCUUCGGGGGUGAACACGGCAACACCCACCACCUUAUGAGCGAGAUCAAGACGGAAAUGAUGCAGGUGGACAUGGGCGGCAAUGGCCACGAAAGCAUGGAGUCUGGAAGCUCCAGCAACGGCGAGCGAGGUGGUGAAGACCGGAAUCGUGACGGACCUGGCACGCCCACCAGGAGCAGUGUGAUCACCAGCGCCCGCGAGCUGCACUACGUCCGUGAUGACGGCAUGGGCGACCCUCAAGCUGAAGUCAGCCACAUGGGUCUGGAAGCCAUGGCCGGGAUGGCAGAGAAACAUCUGGCUUCCCUCUACUCCCUUCCGGUCAAUCACAAAGGCGACGCCAUCAUGUCGAUGCCUGUCUCCAUGGCCUCUGCCCUGCCCAUCUCGCCGGCCUUGGCCAUGUCGGUGGACUUCAGUGCCUAUGGCGGACUGCUGCCUCAAAGUUUCAUCCAGAGAGAGUUCUUCAGCAAGCUUGGCGAGCUGGCGGUUGGCAUGAAACCCGACAGCAGGAAUCAACACGAACGCUGCAACGUUUGCGGUGCGGAACUUCCGGAUAACGAAGCUGUGGAGCAGCACAGGAAGAUGCAUAGUGGAAUGAAGACCUAUGGCUGUGAGCUGUGCGGGAAGAGCUUCCUGGACAGCCUCCGUCUACGCAUGCAUCUGCUGUCUCAUUCAGCUGGAGAGAAGGCCAUCGUAUGCGACCAGUGCGGUGCUCAAUUCCAGACAGAAGAAUCCCUGGAGGCCCACCGGCAAAUCCACACCGGUUCAGACAUGGCCAUCUUCUGCCUGCUGUGCGGCAAGCGUUUCCAGACCCAGACAGCGUUGCAGCAGCACAUGGAGGUCCACGCUGGCGUGCGUAGCUACAUCUGCAGCGAAUGCAACCGGACCUUCCCGAGCCACACGGCACUCAAACGUCACUUGCGCUCGCAUACAGCUGGGGACCACCCGUACGAGUGCGAGUUCUGCGGGAGCUGCUUCCGCGACGAGAGCACGCUGAAGGGCCACAAGCGCAUCCACACGGGGGAGAAGCCCUACGAAUGUAACGGCUGUGGCAAGAAGUUCAGCCUCAAGCACCAGCUGGAGACCCACUACCGAGUGCACACAGGUGAGAAGCCGUUCGAAUGCAAACUGUGCCACCAGCGAUCCAGGGACUACUCGGCCAUGAUCAAGCACCUGCGCACCCACAAUGGUGCCUCGCCCUACCAAUGCACCAUCUGCCUGGAGUACUGCCCCAGCCUGUCGGCAAUGCAGAAGCACAUGAAGGGCCACAAGCCCGAAGACAUCCCUCCUGACUGGCGUAUCGAGAAGACCUACUUGUACCUCUGCUACGUCUGAGCACACGGGAGGUAUUGGGGGAAAGGGGCGGGUGUAAGGAGAAUGUAGUUAAGGCGUUAGGUGAAGAUACGGCGGACGGUCGGGGGCACCCAAGCGUAGCGUCGAAAGACUGAAAAAAAACGUCGUUCGUUCUCUUCUUUUCUUGCAAAAGAGACUACAAAAGAAGGGACCUCGCCGCGUCUCUGCCGUUUGUUCGGAAUCAUCGGGUCAUUCCCGCACACGCGUAUUGUGUUACUGUGUAGUUGUUGUUUUGUUUUUUAUUUCAGGUUGCCUCGUGGCGCAAAAACACGAGCUGCAGGGAAAGUGUUGCUGCUACAGCGUUGACAGAUUCUCAAGGGCUAUCAAAAAAAAAAAUAUGACACUCUUAAUUUAGUAGAAUCUCUGGGCCCGGGAUUCUCAUUUCUUUUCAUGUCUUCGUCAAUUCUUUUGUUGUUGUUUAAAAAAAAAAAAAUGAUCGCACGAAGAAUGUGAUGUACGUCUUUGGAAAGAAAACUAAACACUUUGUGUUUGCGGUAGUUGCCGUUGCAACUAAUAUGAGUGUAGGGAUCGGUACCAAAUUGUGUACUUGAUUUUUACCUCAGUUGUUUUUUCGAGAAGAAUUGGAGGGAAAUGUAGCAAACUCCCAUUGAGUCAGUGGCUGCCAUUGAUGGCAAUAGACAUCUAAUCCAUUUGAACUGGGAGGUGUGGCAGCGAAUGAACGAAUGUUCACCCUCCCAGUUUAAAUGGAUGGACGUCUACUAGCUAUAAACGCAUUUGUUGAUUCAUUGGCUGCUAGCCCUUCCAGUUUAAAUGUGAUUGGACGAAGUGUUUUGUUUUGAUUUUUGCGAUAUUCAUAGAUAGCCCCUGAGAAUCGUCGGCCGAGCCGGUCGGAAUAUGCAGUAGAUGUCGAAAACGGGAGCUCUAAAAACAAAUGGUGACCCCCGAAUGGGGAUUUAAGUGGAUGGGGCGGGGCUACAGUGCUGCUUUUAGGUCGGUGUCCUCUCAUUGGUCUUCCUGGUCCUCGGUAUCAAAGGCUGAUAUUUUGCUACAUUUUGUUAAGCUCCGCAUCGUCAUUGUAUCACCGCAUCUACGAUAACAGUCUCUGUUUGAUUGAGUUAUAUCAUCACAUUAAUCACAGCAAUACAUUCGCGUAUACUCUCAGCGAUCUCACACUAACCACAAAAAGAGAGACUCGGGGAAGAUGGCUGCUCUGGAAGGAGUGAAUGUCGGAAUGGAAAGGGGGAGGGGGACACCGGUGAGGGGUAGACGCCGACCGGCCGGCGCCCUCUCAACACGUGAAUGUGAAACGACUUGCACGCCGAGGUCGGGGGAUUUCGGACCCGGAAAAGCCGACCGACCGGCCACGAACGAACAUCACUGUCAUGAAAGAGGAAGCGGAAAUCACCAAUUGGACUGCUUUGUUGAUUGACAGAUGAGCAGGACCAAUAGGGCGAUGGAUAUUUUGACUCUUCCUGUGGUUUCAUCUUUUCGUUUUCACUUCAUACUUGAAUUACCUCAUUUUAUGACCUCAUGUUUUUUUUGUUGGUUUGUUUUUUUCCCCACGUUGGAUGCUUUGCACAGCGUGAUGAAGCCGUGCGUAUGCUCGUUCGUGUGUGUGUUUGCGCGAAGACACACUUUUCAAAAGUGCCACGGCUGCCAUGAGAUUUAGGAUGACUGUGCGUGUUACCAAACUUGGUAUUAUUAUUGUUAUUAACCGCACUUGUUAAAGAGUCGGCAAGUUAGGUCUUUUUCAUUUGGUUUUGCGUGUGUGCGUGUUGUGUGUUAUAAAAGCUACCUCUCUUAGUUUGUUUUUUGCAAAAGCACAUUUUUUUGGGUUGUUUUAUGAAUUUUUCAUCAUUGCUACUUCAUCUCACGCUUGUUUUUUUGUUUUCAUUUGUUUUGAUCCUUGGGUUUGAGAUACCGUAUUUCCUCAAAUAGUAGCCCUUUGUCCAAUAAACAUUGGUGGAAUUUGAGCUCCAGCUUCCUUCCAUAAGAGAAAAAAUAUGAGUAAAUGUUAUCAGUUCUGGUACUCUGUUUCUACCCAAAACAGCAGCAUGUACUGAAGCCGAGACUUGCUUAGACAUGUUUAUUUUUUGCUUAUUCAUGCUUUUGAACCGAUCCUUUCAUAUGCUUUUUUGUUCGUAUCACCAAUUUCUUUAACUCAUUUUUUACUCAAUCCCCCACAAACUCGCAAUUGAAAGUUUUUUUUUGUUUUUUUUUUUUUUAACCUUAAACCCAAUCGCCUGACUCUUUUUGUACCUAAAUUCACUUUAUUUGCAUUUUUUUCCUAUUAACCAAUUUCUUUUCUUCAUUUUCACCCAAUCCUCCACAAAUUUGCGUUUUCAAUUUAUUUGACCUUUUUGACGUUUUCUUUUUUGUUUUUUGUAUUUACACUUUUAACCCAACUCAAACCCAUUUUUUGUGGGGGCAGGGAAUUUUUUUGUACCUCAUAUUCAUUAAUAUGCUUUUUUUUCGUCUCUCUCUCUUAACCAGUUUCCUGUAUUCACACUUUUAACCAAUCUCCUACAAUUUCGCUGUUUAGGUUUAACUUUUUUUUUUUGUACUUUUAACCCAAUCCAAACCUCUGCGUUUUUUCGUACCUCAUCUCCAUUUAUUUGCAUUUUUUUUCUGUUAACCAAUUUUUUUAUAAUUCUUUUUUUUUUUUUUUUUACCCAGUCCCCCACACAUUUGCGUUUUAAAUUCACUUGACCUGUUUGACGUGUUUUGUUAUUUGGGUUUUUUUGUUUGUAUGUUUAGUUGUUUGGUUGUUGUUGGGUUUUUUUUGUAUUUGCACUUGUAACCCAAUUCAAACCCGUGCAUUUUUUCCUCUCAACCAGUUUUAUUAUUUUUUCACCCUGUCCCCCACAAAUUUGCGGUUUAAAUUCACCUGACCUGUUUAACAUGUUUUGUUAUUUGUUUUGUUUUGUUUUUUGUUUUCGUUUUUGCUUUUUUUUUUUUUUUUUUUUAUAUAUAUAUUUACUAUUUUUAACCCAAUCUAAACCAAUUUUUUUGGUUGGGAUUUUUUUGUCUACCUAAUCCCAUCAUUUAUUUAUAUCAUUUAUUUGCAUUUUUUUCUCAUAAACAGUUUCUUUUAUUUUUUUUACCCAGUCCCACACAAAUUUGCAGUUUAAAUUCACCUGACCUGUUUGACAUGUUUUGUUUUUUGUUUUGUUUUGUUUUUGUUGUUGUUUUGUUGCUUUUUUGUUUUUGUUUUUUUUUUCUUUUUGUAUGUUUUUUUGUUUAAUUUACACUUUUAACCCCUUCCAAACCCGAUUUUUUUGGUUCGGAUUUUUUUGUUGUUGUUGUUGUUGUACCUAAUUUCAUCAUUUAUUAAUAUCAUUUAUUUGCAUUUUUUUCUUUAAGCCAGUUUCUUUUAUUAUUUUUUUACCCAGCCCCCCACACAUUUGUGGUUUAAAUUCACCUGACAGGUUUGACAUUUAUUUGUUUUUUUUUUUUUUUUUUGUUUUUUUUUUUGUAUUUACACUUUUAACUCAAUCCAAACCCUUUUUUUUUUUUGACCUAAUCCCUGUUUAGCUGCACGUAAUUACCAAAUCCAGCAUUUUUUCCAUGUUUUCAAUUCACCGCUUAGUUCCUUUUUCCCCUUUCAUGUCCUUGCAAUAUUAACUCAUUGGUUGCCAUUGAUGUCCAAUGAAUUUUAACUGGGAGGGGACUGAAUAUGAAUGCUCAUUUUUUGGUGCCAUUGACAGCGCUAGACAAUGGAUUGUACGACUAGCGCUGUCAAUGAGUUAACAUUUUGUGUUAACUUUUGCAUACUAUAUGAGGAAAUACGGUGCUUCCAAAGCAAAAAUUUAUGUCAAACAGUAAAAAAUAACUGCAGUAGAGGUCGAUAGGAUGUGAAAAGUAGUCAGAAGGAAGGUACAUUUUUUGGGGGGGAAAAAAAAAAAAAAAAAGCAAUUUUGAAGCCUUAAGUGAUACUCAAAGGAGGAAGAUAAGGGGGAAGCACUAUUGCUUUAUGGGUAGAAAAAACGUCGACACUUGAACAUAUGUGAAUAGACUUGUAGUUUUGUAAUGUGAACUGUGGAUCAAAAGGUGCUGGAGGUCUUUCGGGGAUUUUUUUGCAGCGUGCGAUGGACAAUUGGACGUUUACUAAUCAAGAAAAAAAAAAGAAUUCUUGAACGAGGGCCAACCGAGGCAGUUUGAUAUCAAAAAAAACAAAAAACAAAUUGUGAUAUUUUUGUAUCGCGUGUCAGUCCUGUUUAUUUUUUCCCCCAUUUGUGGAGAGUUCAAGCAGGGCACAGAAAUUUGUCUUUUUUGUUUUGUUUUUGUUGCUUUUGUUUUGUCUCCUCUGGGUGUAAUUUUUUUUUGCCUUGCUCCUCUUUGAUAUCGUGUGAACAUAUUGUAAUAAUGAUAAUAUUAAGUGUUGCUUUCUGGAUGUCAAUUGCAUUGUAGGUGAAGGACUAAAAAUCUUACCGCCAACUUUUUUGUACGCGACAACAACAACAAAAAAAAGAGUACUUGUCACUCACCAUCCUGUCAAUCAAACUUGAUUGUGGGCGUGUUAUUAUUUUUAUGUUUUUGUACUUGAAAAGAGGAAAAAAAAAAAAAAGAAGGGAUGGCACGUCCCGUAACACUGUGAGCCGAGGGGUGCGGGGAUAUGAAUUUUCCAAAAUACCACCCAAAAAUAACAACAGCAAAACAGCCCGACAAUGCAACACUUUCCGUCAAGUCGAUAAGUCACGUGAUCCCGUCACCCUCUGAAUGUUUUCUACUUUUUCCGUGCGCGUGACUGACUGUUUAGCGUGUGUGUGCGUGCUCGUGGAAAAAUGCACUAAAACAGAAAAAUUAUAUUCUAUGCCAGUUUUUUUUUUUUCUUUCUACGUUGGAAAAAAAAAAAAAGAUAUAACUCUACAGUAUAGGACACAUUGGCAUCUGUAUAGCUCUUGCCUCAUUUUUCCUCUUGAUUUUUUUUUUUUUCUGUACUCUUUGUGUGCCUAAAAAUGGAAAUUGUUUGGGGUGAAAAAAAAAAACAAAAAAAAAACGCUCCGUUUCUGUAUUUUCCGAUAAAUUUUUGCAAAAAAUAAUAAAGAUAACAAUUGUUUGCCAGCGACCCUGGGAUGUCAUGACACUCAAUUAGAGGGCUCUUAUGCAAUUGAUUUGAUAGUUUCUAGUUUUUGGGAGGAUUUUUGGGGCAGCAGCAGGUUUGCUGAGACUUGUAGGAAAUCCAGUAAAAAUUGCAAAAUUUAUAUUAUUUUUUUGUUUGUUUGUUUGUUUGUUUUAACUCUUCCAGAACAAUAGAUGAAUAGUACUGUAAUUUUCGGACUAUAAGCCGCUACUUUUUUCAUUAAUUUUAAAUCCUGCGGCUUAUUUGUUGAUUUAUUUGGGUUAAUAGGUAGCACUUUAUUUAAGGGUGGCGUCAUGUGUUCGUCAUAAUUAUGACGUGACACUAUCAUGGGCAUUACUGAAUGCUUAUGACGGAUAUCAUUAAGAGUCAUCUAGCAAAUUAUGUCACUAACUCCAUUUAGGUCCAGCUCGGAUCUUUUACAUUCAUUCAACAGUGAGAUAAUUUGCCGGAUAACACUAAAUGACAUUUGUUAUAAGCAUUCUUUCAUGCUCAUUAAAGUGUCUUGUUAUGUUUAUGAUUGUCUAAUGAUAGUGUUAUGGCGCCACUGUCAAAUAAAGUGUUACCAAAUACCAUAACUAGCAAUUAAUGAAACAACUAGAACAGUAACUGAAGAAAUAAUUGGCAUAGAAAAUAAAUUUUGUUGAUCAUUUACAUCUGUAGCGCUGCAAUGCAUGCUAGGAUGCAUGUUGGACAACAACAGUGUUGACAGCAUAGGCAGCAGAGGUUGAGUGUCUCGCUCAAGGGAGCAGUGAUGGCCAAAUGAAGCUUCUUGAAGCUUUGCAGUCAAUUGGUUCAAAGCUUCAUGGUGGUUCAUUUGGUCUUAUGACAGUCUGACGAUGCCGCUGUUAAAUAAAGUGUUACCGGUUAAUAUAUUUUGUUGUAAAUAUACCAUAAUACAUUGAGGACAGCUGCGGCUUAUCAAUGAAGAAAUGUCGUUUUCGUUUCAAAUUUGGUGGGUAGCGGCUUAUAGUCAGGUGCUCCUUAUAGUGCAGAAAUUAUGGUAUGUUUAGAAUGUAUUAUUGCUGUUGACACCGUUCAAUGUCCAAUCCAUUUUGACUGGGAGAUGCCGAAUGAAUCCCCCAGUCAAAAUGGAUUGGCCAUCGAGUGCAGUCAAUGGUAGCAAAUGAGUUCACUGAGUGUCGAAUAAAGCAGUGGUCCUCAACCUUUUUUGCACCAUGGACCGCUGUAAUGUGGGCCGUUUUUUUAAAGACCGGCAAAACAAUACAGUUAAUAUAAAAUAACGUUCGUUUUUGUUAAGUGCUGGGAAAACGUAACUCACCAGACACUGAAUCAACCUUUUUUUUUUUUUUACUAGCGGCCUCUCUUAAGACUUGACGGCAAAUAGCCUUGGUCACAGGCAUAAUCAAUUCUUCUCCAAUCGUGAAAGGUUUCUUGGCUUUAGCCUUAUGGUUCGCCACGAGAUAUGCUGUCAGUGCAUUCGUUUUUGUUGAUUGGUGGCCCUCACUAAUUGUUUCCUUGGUGUUCGCGCGUUAUUGUUUCCAAAAUUCCAAAGGCGUAUCCAUUAUUCGAGGGUGCUUAGUCUCGAUGUGCCGAAGCAGCUUUGAAGGCUUCAUUGUAGGGCUGCAGCUAUCGAUUAUUUUAGUAGUCGAUUAAUCGAUGAACUAGUUAGUUCGAACAAUCGAGUAAUCAGGUGAGGAACACGAAAAAUUUAAAAUACCUGAGCUGAGCCUCAAACGAUAUAAAAAAAAAUAAAUAAAUAAGGAUCUAUGUCAAUAAAAGAACAAUCGGCUAAAUUACAUAGAAAAAGCCUGCUAGCUUAAAUGCUAUAAAACGCUAACUUUUAUUUUUAUUUUUUCUACAACACCCUUAACAAAUGGUUCAGACGCAUAUUCCCACAAAAACGGCUAAAUAUACCUAUACUUAUAACUAAAUUACGAAUGCAUUUUAAAAAAACAACAUUAGCGGAAAUGAAAAAUUGGCUUAUGUUGGUCUUAACAUGGAGCAGCCGGAUUCAGCCAUGUGAAAUGAGGCAGACUAGAGGGCAGUGUAUCCACCCAAACGAAUAAAACUGAAUGCAAACACUUACAAAAUAAACCAUUAUAACGCCACUUUAAUUAAACAAAUACUCAAAGCAGCAAAAUUUAAUUCGAAUCUUUUUUUCUAAUGGAAUACUCGAGUUCGAUUAAUCAUUGCAGUACUACUUCACUGCGUCGUUUGCCAAUUUUUGGCCACAGAGUGAACUUGGCGUAGUCUUCUCUUGUGGCUCGUCAGGUGUCCUUUUCACCGUAAAAAGCUGUCCAAAGAGAUCGUUUUUUCAGUCAUCUUCGCUAGCCUGUGGGCUUAUUAUUCCCGAGAACAAAUCUAAUGCGCCUAAGUCAUACGUCAUUAUCGAGCACAAGCGCACAUAGAUAUUAUUAUUAUAUGUAUUUUUAAAAAAUGGAUGAUAGCGCCAGUUGAUUUUUAUGACGACAUCCUAGCCAGUUUUAUUAUAAUCGCUAAAUUGUGAAUAUCUCUAUAUUGUGAUUUUCUUUCCUUUUGGGUGAGUGUCCGAGCAAAACGACUGGAAAUACUCCGUCUGCUAUUGCUGAGGUGUGCCACCAGCAGCAGGCAGCUAACGUUACUCUUUACAUUGACUGACGCUGGGCUGCUACUGAGGUGUGUAAACACCCCAGUAAUGGUGGCCACCAAUAGAGGGUGGUGUCCACAAUUCUCUACUCUCGCUAGGCAGGCAGAUUGGUGUGUCAUUGGUGUGUAGCAUAUGCGCCACGGACCGGUACCGGUUCCCGGCCCGGUGAUUGGGGACCACUGCUAUAAAGGGUUUAACAGCAAUGAACUCGACUCACUUCAAAGUAGUUCGGCAAAUUGCAAAUAUUUCAAGGCGCCACCGCACUUCAAGGGUUUUGUAAAAAAUAAUUUUCCGUUUCUUUUCGAUGGGGAUAAAAGGGGGCACUCAUGGCAUCCCCGGAGCCAGCCAGCACUCGUCUGUGUGCGUGUUUUCGGUGUAAUGUUUCUUAUCGCCAUUUCAUGCCCUCGUGCCAUCAAGGUCUAAAUGUAUGUUUAAAAGAAAAUUGAAGAAAAUGUAAUGUAAAAAAAAAAAUACAACAAGAAAGCAUCAAGUUAUUUUUUUAUCUUAGCACUGAGGACCAACAAUUUUGCCCUGUUUGGACCAAGAGUAACAAAGCUUUUUUUUUUUUUUUUUGUUUUUUUUGUUUUUUUUUUGUGUUAACAUUGUUUUUAUUAUUUUUUUUAUUUGUGAUACUUGUCUGUUCCAUUUUGGGCGGCAGCGCAAGCGUCAGUCAAGAAGUCGCUCUGUAUUAAGAAAAUUCAAGAUAAUAGUGUUUUUUUUCCUAUUAUGAUGAUGAUGAUGAUGAUUUGAAUUGUUAUAGUUUUUGUCUACCUCAGCACCUAAUCUUAGCCUAAUCUUAGAAGGUGCCCAAUUAUUAUUUUGAAAUUGUUUUUCUUUUGUGUUCUCUUACCUCGUAUUUUUUUUUUUUUUUUUUGUUCCUAUUGUUGAAAUUUGCAUUAGAGCUUUGCAAAAAAUUAAUAAAAUAAAAAGGUCCUUUGUCUUUUCCAGCAACAAUGUGCGAUUUUUUUUUUUCUCAUCUCCCCGCCGUGGCGUUAUUUUCUCAUAUCUCUCGCCACAGUCUGUUUAUAUAGAGGUUUUUUUAUUAUUAUUAUUUUGCUAAUUUUCUGGUUUAUUUUCAUGUAGAAUCAGACACAUCUGUUUGUAACAUUACAGUGUUCUCUUAAGGAGUGUGAAAAAAAAAUGAAAUAAAAAAAAUAAUAAUGUUGCGGGUCCUUCCAUGUUGUCACUAAAGUCGUUAAUGUUGUGCCUUUUGAUCGUGGAAAAAAUAGUAAAGGAUUUUUUUUUUCCUUUUUUUUUUUUUACAUUCUACUAACAGUAUAUUGUCUUUUUGUAGUGGAUUGAUUUUGUUUUGUUUUUAUUUAUGGGUCUCAUUAUAAAAAUCAAUUGUACACCGGAA